UUAUUUUUUUUCUAGUGCUUCUGGUGUUUCCAAUGUUCAGUGGAGUUUCCUUUUGAAAGUGAAAAAAUGAGUGGAGUAGCUGCGAGGAGCAGACUCCUGUGGUGCUGGGCCGUCUUGGCGAUCCUCACAGAUACUUGGCCUUAUGCUGACGGUUUUGUCAACUCGCCGAAAAUUAUUAGUAAAGAUGGCAAUUUGAUUAUUGAAUCGGGAGCCAAUCGCAAUAUUAGCUUUCGACUGAGCGGAAAUUCACGGUUUACCAUCAACGAGGAGUUGGAUGUCAUGGAACUCUUGCUGGCCACCAGUGGCUCCAAAAAGCGAACCGCUGGCGGCAAGGAUGAGUUGAACACCGCCGAUGAGUUUGUGGAUGCGCGGGAGCUGGCGGAUCAGCUGGCCGAUUUCAAUAGGCGCGCCUUUGGAGCCAAUGGUUUGAAUGCAAUGCUGCGCUUGCAGCAAAACAGGACCCGAGGAUCGAUAGCGCUGAUACGGCGCUUGCAGUCGCGAGUUAGAAUGGUGGAGAACUGGGUGGAUCGGAUGAAGACGCAGUUGGAUGCGAACAGCUGCGCAAGUGGACCAUGCGUGAAUGGAGGCACCUGCUACAACACCUACACCGGAUUCCGCUGCCAAUGUCGCUCGGCAUUCGAGGGCAGCAAGUGCGAGGUGGACGUCAACGAGUGCGCACUGUACGAGGGCACCGACCUGGGCUGCCAGAAUGGAGGGCAGUGCCAGAAUCAGUUUGGCUCGUACAGCUGCCUGUGCCAGCCGGGCUGGCAUGGGAUGCACUGCACCCAGCGCAAGGCGGAUUGCUCGCAGUCCAGUGCCUGGGAGCUGUGUGGCCAUGGUUCGUGUGUGCCCAGUGCGGACGAUGCCGGCUAUCGUUGCAUCUGUGAGCCGGGUUGGAAGACCAAUGGCCUGACGCCCAUUUGUGGCGAGGAUGUCGACGAGUGCAGCGAUUCCGCUGGCCACAAGCCCUGCUCCACGAACUGCAUCAAUCUGCCCGGCAGCUUCACCUGUGCCCCCUGCCCCGUCGGCCUGACAGGGAACGGGAUCAGCUGCCGGGACUUGGACGAGUGCCAGACGAACAACGGUGGCUGCAGUCUCAGUCCCAAGGUGGAUUGCAUCAAUACCUAUGGUUCGUAUCACUGCGGCGAGUGUCCCAUCGGCUGGACCGGUGAUGGGCGCAAGUGCGAGAGAAGCCCCCAGGACUAUGACAUCCAAACUGGACAGACGCCAAGAGCCUGUCCGGCGGCCAACAAUCCCUGCUAUCCAACGGCCAGCUGCUUCCUGAUCUCCGGCACCAUAUCCUGCCGAUGUCCAGUGGGCAUGGUGGGCACUGGAUACGCUCCGAAUGGCUGUGUCAAUGGCACCACCACGAAUUGCUUGGGAAAUCCCUGCCUGAAUGAUGGCAUUUGCCUGGAUGCCGGACCCUCGAACUUCACCUGCCUGUGUCCCAGUGGCUUCCGUCCGCCGAUCUGCGAGCCACUGCCGAGUCCCUGCGAUCGACAGCCCUGCAAGAACGGUGGUCGCUGUCGCCCCACCACCAGUGGCGAUCUCUUCGUCUGCCAGUGCCUGCCCGGCUACCGGGGUCGUCUUUGCGACACCCGUUUCAGCAGCUGCAACGGCAUGCUGAGUGCGGCGAGUGGCAGGCUGAGGUAUCCGCCGAGUGGCACUGGUUACGAGCACAAUGCCCAGUGCGCUUGGGUGAUCCGGACCAACGAAUCGCUGGUGGUGAAUGUCACGUUCCAGAGCUUCGAUGUGGAGGAUUCCACGGAAUGCCGCUUCGAUUGGCUGCAGAUUAACGAUGGCCGUUCGGCGGCUGCUCAGAUAAUUGGACGCUAUUGUGGUAACCAUUUGCCGCAUGGCGGCAAUAUCGUAUCCUCCGGCAAUCAGCUCUAUCUGUGGUUCCGAUCCGACAACUCGACGGCCAAAGAGGGAUUCGAUCUCACGUGGAACUCCAUACGGCCGCAGUGCGGUGGUCGCAUCAAUUUCGACACCCACGGCACACUCGCCUCGCCGGGAUCGCCCGGCAAUUAUCCCAAGAAUCGCGACUGCCGGUGGCAACUGGUGGCGCCCACCAACAAACGCAUCAAGCUGACCUUCUUCAGUUUGCAGCUGGAGCAGCACGAGAAUUGUAACUUCGAUUAUGUGCUGAUCAGGGACACGAUUUCCGGACGUGAGCUGGCCAAAUACUGCACCACCGGAGGAGCGCCGGCACCGCUGCUGCUGCCCACCCACCUGGCGGAGAUCCAUUUCCAUUCGGAUGCCGAGGGCAGCGACACGGGCUUCCAGCUGCACUAUUCCGUGGAGGAGCGUGUGCCCGGCUGCGGUGGUGUCUACACCGCCAAGCAGGGUACCAUUUCUGAGUCAUCCAGAGCCAAUCCCGAACCAGGUGGCGUCUCCUGCGAGUACGAAAUCCAAUUGGCCGUGGGCGAGCUGGUGGCCAUUCAGUUUGUGGUCCUGGAGCUGGAUCCACUGGACUGCGUGGAGGUGCUGGACAUCACGGACGAGGGCGGUAGCAUUCUGCAGGAUAAGAUAUGCGGCACGGAUGAGGCGCGUCUGAAUCCUCCUGCCUACACAUCGCAAUUCAAUCGGCUGAAGAUUAAGUUCUAUGCCCGUGCCGGCAGCUUCCUGUUGAACUACCGGACGGCCUGCGCUUAUAAACUGGACAGUGAACAGGGCACCAUUACCUCGCCCGGUUAUCCCAAUCUAACCAGAUCGGAUCGCGUUUGCACCUAUACGAUUAAUACGGCCACCAACACGGUGAUCAGUUUGAAGAGGAUCGACUUUCAGUUGAUCGGUGCCGAUAACGACGAUGAAGACACCGACAUCGAUGGCUGCCUGACCACCAACUUGAGAAUCAACGAUGGACUGAACCGCCAGAUCCUGGGGCCCUAUUGCGGCAAGGUUCAGCCGGCGGAGGAGUUCGUUAGCGAGACCAACUACCUGCAGCUUCACCUGGAAACGGAAGUGGACAGCGUGGGGCGUGGCUUCAAGUUCGAGUAUCGAGCGCUGCCCAGCGGCGGCGAUAGGUGCGGUGGAGUACACACCCGUUCCGGCGAUCACAUCCGUCUGCCGGGGAAUGGGAACUCGUAUGCCAGUGAAGCCACCUGUUACUGGGUGAUAAUGGCGCCGGCGAACAAGGCCAUCCGCCUGCACUGGAACAGCUUCCGUUUGGAGAGCUCGAUGGACUGCAGCUUUGACUAUGUGGAGAUCUACGAUAGCCUGGGUGCCCAGUUGGGCGACGACAAGAGCAAGCCGAUGGCCAAGUACUGCGGCUAUACGGUGCCCGAGGAUCUGCUCAGCCACUCGCGUCAGCUGGUCAUCAAGUUCGUGUCGGACUACAGCGAAUCGGAUGGUGGCUUCGACAUGAGCUACACGUUCGAGGAACGCGCCCGGUGCGGCGGUCACAUCCAUGCGACCAGCGGCGAGCUAACCACACCGGACUAUCCGGCCAACUACUCAGCCGGCUUGGAUUGCGAUUGGCACUUGACCGGCGCGCUUGGCCAUCAGCUGGAGAUACAGCUGGAGAGCUUCGAUCUGGAGCUAUCGCCGAACUGCUCGGCCGAUUAUCUGCAGGUAAGGAACGGCGGCGGCAGAGAUUCCCCGCUGAUCGGCACCUUCUGCGGCCGGGAUAUACCCACACGGAUACCCGGAUUCAGUCACGAGAUGCGACUGAUCCUGCACACGGAUACGGCGAUCAACGGCCGUGGCUUCCGGCUGCGUUGGCGCGCCUUUGCCUUCGGCUGCGGCGGACGACUGCGUGCGAAUACGGGCGCCAUUUCGUCGCCCCGCUACCCGAAUCCGUAUCCCAAUCUGGCGCACUGUGAGUGGCGGAUUUACGUGCAUCCCGGAUCGGGUAUUUCGAUACUGGUCGAGGACAUGGAACUGGAGGGCUUGAGCAAUUGCUACUACGACAGCGUGAAGAUCUACUCGGGCAUUAGGCUGCCCAACCAGAGCGCCGACAAGGUACUCUGCAGGAGCGAUGAUCUGGCCAAUCCGCUCAUCCAGCUGGACAACAACGAAGGCACCAUCGUCUUCGAUACCGAUUUGACCAACUCAUAUCGCGGCUUUCGCAUAUCCUACAAGGCGAAUUGCAUACGCAACCUGACGGCCACCACGGGCAGCAUCGAGAGUCUGAACUACAUGGAACCAUUCUGGGAGACAAUACCCAUCAACUGUAGCUGGACCAUACGUGCGCCCAAGGGCAAUCGCGUUCUCAUCGAAAUCUCCCACUUGGCACGGCACGAGCAGCAUAUGCCCACUGCCAACGUACCCGGCGGAUUGUACAUUGUCGAUGGCCGGAAUGUCCAGGAGGUAGUCACGCCGCAGGCGGUGAACAUCAGUGGCGAAGUGGUGACCGUCGUCCACAAUGCCAGCAAUGUGAACUUCCAGCUGGACUAUCGCAUCGAUGGCUGCAUGGAGGAGCUGCGCGGCGAGGAGGGCUCCUUCCAAUCGCCCAACUAUCCGAAAAUGUAUCCCAACAACCUCGAGUGCUACUGGCUGAUCACCGUCGAGCGGCACAGCGCCGUCGAGCUCACGAUCGAUGGCCUCGAUCUCGAGGAGAGUCCCAAUUGCACCAAGGAUGCGCUGACGGUGUCCAACCAUAGAAACGCGGUGGCCAGCCACGAACGCCAUUGCGGCUCCACGUCCAAACUGGUGAUCACCAGCUCUGGUCACAGGAUGCACGUGCGUUUCAUCUCCGAUGAGUCGCACAACGGCGGUGGCUUCAUGGCCACCUAUAGAACGGUGAAAACAACUUGUGGUGGCAAACUGGCGGCACGCAACGGAGUGAUCGAAUCGCCCAAUUAUCCGCUCAAUUAUCCGGCGCACAGCGAGUGCGAGUGGCAGGUGGAGGUCUCUCCGCAUCACCAGAUCGUUUUCGAGAUGUCCGACCUGGAUCUGGAGUCCGGGUACGGCUGCAACUGGGACUAUCUGGAGGCGUACGAUCUGGCCGAGGACGACUCGGAGGGUCGGAAGUUGUUCAAGGUCUGCGGCGAUGUGGAGGAGAGUAGCGAACUGCUGGCUUCCUCAUCCAAUAUGGCUGUGGUGCGAUUCAUCAGCGAUGAUUCCAUCUCGCGCAAGGGCUUCCGGCUGCACUUCCACGAGUCCUGUGGCCAAACGAUAAGCGUCGAUGAGUCCAUGUUUGAUUACAUCCAAAUGUCGCGGCAGGCGGCGCGCAACGAGACCUGCUUAUGGGUAUUCCAAGCCCAGGAGCCCAACAAGCGCAUCAUCUUCACGCCCACCCAUGUGAAGCUGCGCGAGGAUGCCGACCAGCGGUAUCCCACGGAGGGCGAUUGCCUCGAUGUGGGCGUCAAGAUCUACGAGGGUACGGAGCCGCAGGGCACACCACGUCUCAAGUUCUGUCGCUCGCAUCCGCCGGCCUUGAUCUCCAAUGGCCAGGCACUGACCGUCAGUGUGCCGCUGCAGCUGGUGGAGGAGUUCGAGGGACACUACAUGAUGAUGGACACGUCGUGUGGCAGUGUCUACACCGCUCUGUCGGGCAAAUUUAGUUCGCCCUAUUAUCCCGCCUCGUAUCCGCCGAACAUUGAGUGCCUGUGGCUGCUGGAAGCCAGCGUGGGUAAUUCCAUUAGUCUCACGCUGGAGUCGCUGGACCUGGAGAAGUCGGAUGGCUGCAAUCGGGACUAUCUGGAGGUGCGCGAGGAAUCGGAGCGGGGCCAACUGAUUGGCGUCUAUUGUGGCAACGAGCUGCCCGGUGUGAUACACUCGCGCGGUGCCAUCUGGAUGAAGUUCAAGAGUGACGACGACACUGUGGGCGAGGGAUUCAUGGCCUCCUACAACUAUGAGCACCACAAUGAGAUCAAUGGCACGGAUGGCCUGAUCCAGUCGCCGCACUUUCCGAGCAAGUUCCAGGACUCGGAGCCGUACAGCUGGCGCAUCACCGUCGACAAGGAGUACGUGGUGGAGGUAUCGCUGCUCUAUCUCAGCGAUCUGGAUCAACCGCACUUGAGUUUCUACGACGGCUAUUCGGACAUUGGUGCUCGCAUCGAGGUGACCAGUGCCAGCGAACCCAUCAUCUCCAGCACGAAUGUGCUCUACUUCAAGAGCAACCGUGGCCCGUUCCAACUCACUUGGAAUCGGUUAUCCAAGGAGGCGCUACGCUCGAAUCGUACGGCGGAGGAGCGGACACGGCAGUGUGGCAACCAGUUGAUUACCAUCGAUCGGUCGGUCAUCGGCUUCCAUUCGCCGGGCUAUCCCAAUGGCUACGAACAGCAUCUCAACUGCUUCUGGACAUUGGUGCCCUCGAAUCUGGCCAUGCAUGCCGUGCUCACACUCAGUCAAAUCGAUCUGGAGAUGUUUAGCGAGGAUUGCAUUGCUGACUAUGUUCGCAUCCACAGUAGUAACGAUCUGCAGAACUGGUCGAAGCUGAGCACGCUGUGCACCCUGCCCACGGAGUCGAGUGAGCGAAUCUUCCACGGAACGCCGUAUCUCAAGGUGGAAUUCGUGACGGAUGCCAGUGUGAACAAGACGGGAUUCAAUGGCAUUGUGCGCACGGCCUGCGGCUCGGAGAUCACUGCCUCCAAGGGUCUGGUUAACAUCACGGAGUUACUAAAGGUCAAUCCGCGUCCGAACCAGGAUUGCGUGUGGACGCUGAAAGUGCGCCAGGGCCGAAGGAUCCAGAUCGAUUUCCCCGACUUCCAAUUGCAGAACAACGCCGCCAGCGGAUCGAGUGACUGCCGGAAUUAUCUCUUGCUACGCAAUGGCAACGAUGAAGAUUCGCCCUUCCUGGGCCGUGGCAAGUACUGUGAGGAUGUCGUGCACGAGGUGCUGAACACCACCUCCAAUAAGGCCUAUAUAAAGUUCCACUUUGCGAGUCCACCCCGCUUCGUGGUGUCCUUCCGCUUCGAGGAGCUGCGCUACACCACCUCCGGUCGCAUCCGUUUGUCCGCCGCCACCGACGAGGUGCAGUACAUCAGCUCGCCGUAUUACCCGAAUCUUCCGCAUCCGCAUUCCGAGUGCAUUUGGAUCGUGGAAGCACCACCAGAACACCGCAUAAUGCUGCAUUUCAAUGGUGCAUUCGAUCUGUUGGACGCCACCGAAGCGACCAAGGAAUGCGAACGUGAAUAUGUUCUGGUCAACGAUGGCAGUACGGAGCUAAAAACGGAAAUCGGUCGUUACUGCGGCAAACGUAAGCCGGACACCAUUUACUCCACCGGUAAUCAGCUGCGGAUACGCUACAUGACGGAUGUCUCCGAGCCGCACAUGGGCUUCAAUGCCAGUGUGAGUGUGGCCCGAUGCGGUGGCUCGUUCCACAGUCCGGAGGGUGUGAUAUCGUCGCCGGCAAGGGAGCUCCUGGCGAUCCACGAGGAUGGCAAGCAGCUGCAGGAGUGCGUGUACACCAUCGAACUGGAGAUGGGCAGCACCAUCGAUCUGAUGGGUGAGCAUAUGCAGAUACCCAUGCUGCUCAAUGGUAGCUGCUCGCCGCGGAAUCAUUUGCUGCUCGAGGAGAUGGAUGCCUUUGGGGUGAGCGGUGAGGAGAAGAUCGUGGACACACUAAUGCUCUGCGGCGAUGACACGAAGCACCUGAUGAGUGAGACGAACAAGAUCGUCUUCCGAUACCGAUUCCUCGAUGGCAUACCGGCGGAGAGUCAGGGCUUCCGUUUCAAGUACACGUCGCUGGGCUCGCGUUGCGGCGAGACCAUCUACGCGUCGGUGGGAGUUCUGCAAACACCCGGCUAUCCCAUGGGCGUGCCACAUCCCAUGCACUGUGUGUGGCACGUGCAGGUGCCCAAGGGCAGGAGGGUGCGUCUGGAGAUUCUGGACUUUAACAUGGGCUCGGCGGAGGAAGCCAGGCCAAGGCAUCGCUUCAGUGGUCGUCUGGUCGUGGCGAACGAUUUCAUGAUGCAGUCGGUCCUGGGACGCUACAGCCGAGAUCCCCCCGCAGAGGUGCUUUCCUCUGACAACACCAUGGCCAUCGAUGCCUUCCUACUGCCCAUCGCCCAGAUUCAUGGCAUCAAGCUGCGGUUCAGUGCCUACGGCUCCAGCAGCUGCCAGCGAGUCGCGUUGGACCUAAAUGCGGCCAGGGAGGUUCAGUUCCAGCGGUUCAAUGCCAGCACUACGCUGCACUGCAGCUACCAAAUCGAACCGCUGAUCAAUAGCACCGUGCUGAUUCAGGUGAAGGAAUACAACACCAGUUCGGUGAUGAUGGGGAAUGCACAUCUCUGCGCACUGCUCUCGCCGCUUAAGUUCAACCGCUUGGAGCAGGAGGAGCGGCUAAUGCAGCGCAUUCUCUGCGAUUACCAGCCAGCCGUUCCUGGCAAGCCCCUGCCCGCCAUCCGGGUGCCAUUCAACAUCCAAAUGGUCGUCUCAGCAUCCGAGCGCAACGGACUGACCAAUCUCGUCCUGGGCUACAGCAUGCAGACAUGCGGCGGUGUCUUUGUGCUGGAACCGGGCGAUAAUACAACGCUGCAUCAGCCAACGGGAAUGGAGUCGAUGGCGGGCGCCAUUGACUGUGCCUGGGCCAUUGGACCCUAUACGGAUGCCAGUGGCGAGGACGAAGUGGUGCCCCAGGACAUCCAGCUGGAGGUGUCCGUAUAUGAUGUCAAUCUGCCAGCGCCGAUCUUGGCCAUACAAUCUCCGGCAUCCCCAUGCCUGCAUCACUAUCUCAAGGUGUACAAUGGACCCGAUCAGAACUCACCUUUGUUGGGACAGUACUGCAACCAGGCCACUGCUGUGCCAAUGGUGGUGGAGCGAGGCCUCUUCCUGGAGUACCACUCCGAUAGCUACUCGCCCAAUGCCACCUUCAAUGUGUCCGUGAAGUAUGGCUCUGGAUGCGGUGGCAAGCUGGUGUAUCCCUACAGGGCCAUCGACUUUGCGGAGCAGUACAAGAACAAUGUGGAGUGCAUCUGGGAGGUGGAGGCGGCGAUGGGCUACCACAUUGGUCUAACGUUCCAUGGGCGCUUCUACAUCGAGGACAGUCCUGGCUGCACCAAGGAUUACCUGCUCGUUCAGCAGCACAACGAAACCACUGGCAAUUGGUCCGAUCUCCAGCGGAUUUGCGGACGUGAUCCGCCCGAGAUGAUAAACACCACAUCACAGUCGCUGCGGCUAAUCUUCCGCUCCGAUGGCGAUACGGUGGCCGAUGGUUUCCUGGUCAAGUUCGAGAGGAAUUGCGGUGGCCUGCUGUACGCCGACAGCGAGGAACAGGAGCUCUCCAGUCCGGGCUAUCCAACUGGCUAUGAGAAGCACUUGCAAUGCAACUGGACCAUAGUGCCCCGGAGUCCCGCGAUGGGCGGUGUCCUGGUGAGCUUUUUGACUUUCGAUCUGGAACAGGCGCCCAUAUCCGUUUGCCUCUUCGACAAUCUCACGGUGACCACAAAGGAUAAGGGCAAGGAUCCGCAACGCAGCAUUCUCUGCGGCGUCAAGCACAACCACGAGUACCGCGGCAAGGAGUACAUCAAUCUACUAUUCCGUACGGAUGGCAGUUACUCCGGCCGGGGAUUCACAUUGCGCUACACCAGCCGUCUGUGCGGUGGAGUUAUCACGCAAACUUCUAUGGUGGAAUCACCCGUACAGCAUACGGAUAACAACCAGCCGCCCGGUAGUGAUUGCUAUUGGAAUCUAACCGCCCCCGCGGGUCACAAAUUCAACAUUAAGUUCGUUUCCAUCGACUUUGAGGCGAAUGCCAAUUGUGCCUACGAUGGCGUCGAGGUCUUCUCCGGCUCCACGCCGGAUCCGCGCUACAGGUGGGGUCGCUUCUGCGGUCGCUUUAACGAGGAUCUGCCACUGAUCAGUAUUCCCCAGGAGCGUGGCAUCAUACACAGCUUCUCCGAUGACCGCGAUCCUUCGCGGGGAUUCCGUGCCCUGGUUCGCGUAAUGCCCAAUUGCGAUGAGACCAUCUCGCUGAAUGGAUCGUCGCGUUAUGUGUAUAGCAAGUUCAACAACGCUGGCGGUUAUCAAAACGACUUGGAUUGCCAGACGGUGUUCCAAGUGAAUCCCGAUCAGCAGAUCAGCGUGGAGUUCAGCAACUUCCAUGUGCAAGACUCGAACGGAUGCGGCAGUGACUAUGUGGAGUUGCGCGAUGGUGGCGGCACCUUUGCCGAUAUCAUCGGGCGUUUCUGUGGCCAAAAUCAACCGCCCACGCUGAGGAGCACCAGGCAUACGCUUUACAUGCGCUUCGUCACCGAUGACAAGGUGACGGAUACGGGCUUCCAGGUGACCAUCAAUGCCAUUCCCCGGCUAUGCGGCAGUACAGAGAUUACGUUGAGCGCGGACGGCACCAAGGAGGUCACCAUUAAUUCACCGACACGAACGCCGGGUGGCAAUUACGCCAAUGGUGUGUCUUGCUUCUGGAAAAUCAAGGGUGACUCCCUGCUGCGGGUGCAGUUCAUCAAUUUCGAUCUCCACGCACCCGACAAAAACGGCAGCUGUGUGGAGGACUUUUUGAAAAUCUACAAUAGUGAGGAUGCACCGCUGUUGGAGCAGGGAUUGGGCACUGACCUGGUGUUCAAUGGCCAGACUUCCAGGAAGAAUGGUCUCGGCUUUGCCACGGAGCACGUGUACUGCGGCAAUGUCAAGCCGGACAUCUAUUAUGGCCAGUCCAGCGAGGUGUACCUGAAGUUCCGGUCGAAGGGCUUGGAGCAGCGUGGCGGAUUCCAGUUACAGGUCGCACUCAACUCCAACGGAGAGCGCCACUACGAUGGCCUGCAGGGUCGAGUGCAUCUAUCCCAGUCAUCCGAUUGCAGCAUCAUUAUCCGGGCUCCACCUAAUCACACCCUGAGUUUGUACUACGCCGAGCUGAUAUUCGGCACCUACGACUGCGAAAUGGAGCAUCUGGAGGUGUUCGACAGGACGAAUCGAACAUUGCAGCGCGUCUGCUCCUUUGUGGACAUGGGCAAGAGCCUGUUCAGCGAUGCGAAUGAACUGCGGCUGCAGAUGAAGACCGGCUCGUUCUUGACCUCGCUGGAUAUCACCUAUUUGGCCAGCCCGGUGGAGAAGGGUCCUGGUUGCGGCGGUCAGUUCUACAACACCGAGGGCAUCUUCUCCAAUCCCUUCUAUCCGACCAAUGUGCGCAAUAACUCCGACUGCCAGUGGCUCGUCCGGGUGCCAAGUAACAAUGUUGUCUUCCUCACAUUUGAAGUCUUCAAUCUGGGCUCGAAGACCACCUGUCACACGGAUUACCUGCAGAUCCUGGAGAAGAACGCGGCCGGAACUCAGCGCGAAAUGAGACGCUUCUGUGGCGAGGACCAACCAAGGUACUACAAGAGCAAGCGCAGCGAAGUGCUCGUCCGCUUCCACAAGACGGUCAACUACGAUGGUGUCGGUUGGGUGAUCCGCUUUGCCGGGGUCUACUCCGACUAUCAGAUACCCAGGUACUUGUUUGGCGGCGGCGGCGCUUAGCCGCUUGACUUCUUCAGCCGCAAUUGGUAUUGGGAAGCCUGAAAUCCAAUUCC